UAACCAUGUGAGCUCGAAUUCAAAAUUAAACAUGGUCCAUCAAAUUCAACCCUAUUCCUAAGGAAGGCUACCACAUCCACAUGGCAGCCAAAAUUUGCGGCUUAAAUUGACAAUGUCGUCUUUAUUUUUCGCUUUCUCUAGUUGUUUUACCUUUUUCAUUCUGUGCUUUCAAUACGAACUGAAAUCUAGGGUUUUUCCCAUUCAUUUUCAACAACAAAUUAGGAAAAUUCCACAGAAUCAACUGGCUUCACCCUUCAGUUUGUCCAAAGCUGUAAAUAGUUGCUGGAACAUUUAUCAUUCUGCAUUUGAUUUUUGUUCUCUGGCUAAAAAUGACAAAUGAAGAAAUUCUAAAAGCUGUUUUUCCUUUAUUGGAUGGAGUUGACCUUGCUUCCUGUAUGGUAGUGUCUAAGCAGUGGAGAGACAUAGCCCAGGAUGAUUACUUCUGGAAAUGUUUAUGUGCAAGCAGGUGGCCUUCAAUUUGCAAACGUCCAAAUCCUCCCUCUGCAACCUACUACAAAUUAUAUCAGACCUUUUACAAACGGCAGCUGCGUCGAACUCUCUUGCCACCAAGACUUUCCUUUGAGGAUUUGGAAUUUUUCAUUGACGUUUGGACUGAAGAUAAAUUGAUUUUCUCUGAAGUAGUUCCAGGCCCUGUCUUCCAGAAUGGAAUCAAGAUCCCACCGCCUGGAAUAUCAGACAUGCUAAGAUAUCAUACUGAUGACCCUGAGUACAAGAUGAUCAUACCUGUUGAGCCAAGGUUUACUAUUCCUUGGAGCCUGACUGUGAGUGCAUCAGUGCUAGUGGGACGGAAGGAUCCCAACAGAGUUGCUUGCAUAAUUGAUAAAUCCAGGUUUGAUUACAUAGAUAGAUCGUCCCACAGGGCUCAUGCAUUUGAGUACCUUGACUUCGCCCCUGCAUACCCUUUCAUUUCCGAAAUCCGAGCAUGGAUUUCUUUGCAUUUCACGGACGAUGGAAAUGAAGGCAUCCUUAAUGUUUUUGCACUUGAAAUGGAUUUCUGUGAUGCUGCAAGCUCUAAGGAAGAGGUCUUGUGGCUAUUAGACAUGCUAGAUUGGAAGUGAAUGCUGAACCUUUGGCCAAUUCAAGAAAUUGACAUAUCAAACUUGGUUUAAACUAGCUACCUAUUUGUCUUUGGGUCUUUCAUUAUUUUGCCUAUUUGGCCUAUUUUGUGGAGGACUGUUUGUGGAGAGUUGUCUGAAUCCCCUCCCUCACCUUCCUUGCAGAGACUGCCCUAAGGGGCUCAAGUUUGAAUCAUGUUCAAUGUCUGUACAUGCCUUUUAAAAAGGUGCAAUCCUUAGAUUGUGUUUGUACUUGGUGACAAAUUGUCAAGAUUGUAAUAAAAUCUUUGAAUAUUAUUCUACUUAUAAAUCUUUUGUUGUUGCAA